GUGUUGCACUGAGGACAGUCUCCGGAAACGCGAUUCUCAGCGGGCGCCGGAAGCGGUCUUCUGUCUGCAGCUCUAGCAGAUGACUGUUCCACUAGACACGCUGAGGGGACUGGAUACGUGUUUUCCUUCAGGACCGGAGCUGAGCGGAGCCGGGAUCGCGGCGGCAAUGGAACGGGCCUCAGAAAGGCGCACGACCAGCGCGCUGUUUGCGGGCUUCCGGGCCUUGGGACUUUUCAGCAACGACAUUCCACACGUGGUGCGGUUCAGCGCGCUCAAGCGCCGGUUCUAUGUAACAACCUGCGUGGGCAAGAGUUUCCACACCUAUGACGUUCAGAAACUUAGUCUGGUUGCAGUAAGUAAUUCUGUUCCACAGGAUAUCUGCUGUAUGGCAGCUGAUGGCAGAUUAGUCUUUGCUGCUUAUGGAAAUGUUUUCUCUGCAUUUGCCCGUAAUAAAGAGAUAGUACAUACCUUUAAGGGUCAUAAGGCAGAAAUCCAUCUCUUGCAACCCUUUGGAGACCACAUUAUCUCUGUUGAUACUGACAGCAUUCUUAUUAUUUGGCACAUAUAUUCAGAAGAAGAAUACCUGCAAUUGACUUUUGAUAAAUCAGUAUUUAAAAUUUCUGCAAUUCUGCAUCCAAGUACCUACUUGAAUAAAAUACUUCUGGGCAGUGAACAAGGAAGCCUGCAGUUGUGGAAUGUAAAAUCUAAUAAACUUCUAUAUACAUUUCCAGGAUGGAAAGUUGGAGUGACAGCUCUUCAGCAGGCGCCAGCUGUGGAUGUUGUUGCUAUUGGUCUUAUGUCAGGUCAAGUUAUCAUUCACAACAUUAAAUUUAAUGAAACAUUAAUGAAGUUUCGUCAAGACUGGGGACCCAUUACUUCAAUAUCAUUUCGCACAGAUGGUCAUCCAGUAAUGGCAGCUGGAAGCCCAUGUGGCCAUAUUGGACUCUGGGAUCUGGAAGACAAAAAAUUAAUCAACCAAAUGAGAAAUGCACACUCUACAGCAAUUGCCGGACUGACAUUUCUCCAUAGAGAGCCACUUCUUGUCACAAAUGGCGCUGACAAUGCUCUCAGGAUAUGGAUAUUUGAUGGUCCUACAGGUGAAGGCCGACUUUUGAGAUUCAGAAUGGGUCAUAGUGCUCCUCUUACCAGUAUCAGAUAUUAUGGACAGAAUGGACAGCAGAUUCUAAGUGCAAGUCAAGAUGGAACUCUUCAGUCGUUUUCCACAGUACAUGAAAAAUUCAAUAAGAGCUUGGGACAUGGGUUAAUAAAUAAAAAGAGAGUCAAACGUAAAGGACUUCAGAAUACCAUGUCAGUGAGACUUCCACCCAUCACAAAGUUUGCAGCAGGUAAGUAA